UGUACGAUCUUCGCCAAAAGGAAACGUGGCCUUAGCGGCAAGAGAAGAAGAAAAGCUCCUCCAUGAAUGAUACGCAUUCGUCCUCUCGCCUUCCGCCAUCAGUAGACCUGACUCCCGCACGCUGCCAACGCCACUCGCGGUCCCCUGAAGAGCCAUGUCUGAGGUGGGACAAGCCCCGGCCUUGGCCCCGGAUGAGGCCGCCGCCGCUGCGGUGAUCCCGGACGCCCUGAACGCCACCGACGCUCUUAACGCCACGGCCAAGUUCGUGGCCACCCCGGAGGGCACAGCGCUGGCGUACGGCAGCCUGGUGUUCAUGGCGCUGGUGCCCAUCUUCUUCGGAGCCCUGCGCUCGGUGGCCUGCUCCAAGUCGAAGGAGCUCGGAGACCAAGGGUACGAUUCAGGCUACAGAAAUGCCUCGGACAUGCCGGAGACCAUCACCAGCAGAGACGCCGCCCGCUUCCCCAUCAUCGCCAGCUGUACUCUCUUUGGACUCUACCUCUUCUUCAAGGUGUUCUCUCAAGAGUACAUCAACUUGUUGCUGUCCGUCUACUUCUUCGCACUGGGCGUGCUGGCUCUGUCGCACACUAUGAGUCCUCUGCUGGCCAGAGUCCUUCCGGCGUCCCUGCCGAUCAAACAGUACCAGCUGCUCUUCACGCAGGGCACCGGCGAGGCCAAAGAAGAAAUCAUCAACUACGAGUUCGACACCAACAACCUGGUGUGCCUGGUGGCCAGCGGCGUGGUGGGCGUUUGGUACGUGCUGAAAAAGCACUGGAUCGCCAACAACCUCUUCGGCCUGGCCUUCGCACUCAACGGCGUGGAGCUUCUCCACCUGAACAACGUCAGUACCGGCUGCAUCCUGCUGGGGGGGCUGUUUGUCUACGACGUCUUCUGGGUGUUUGGUACCAACGUCAUGGUCACCGUGGCGAGGUCCUUUGAGGCGCCAAUCAAACUGGUCUUUCCUCAGGACUUGUUGGAAAAAGGUUUGAGCGCCAACAACUUUGCUAUGCUGGGUCUUGGCGACAUCGUCAUCCCGGGAAUCUUCAUCGCACUGCUGCUGCGCUUUGACGUCAGCCUGAAGAAGAACAGCAGGACCUACUUCUACUCCAGUUUCCUGGCCUACAUCUUCGGACUGGGCCUCACCAUCUUCGUCAUGCACACCUUUAAACACGCGCAGCCCGCCCUGCUCUACCUGGUGCCCGCCUGUGUCGGCUUCCCGGUGGUGGUGGCGCUCUUCAAGGGCGAGGUCACGGAGAUGUUCAGGUACGAGGAGGCCUCCGCGGAGGAGGCGCUAGCCAAAGACGACUCAUCGGAAUCGGAGAAGAAGGACCAAUAGCCACGCCCCCCCCUUUCCCCCCCCCCCCCCCCCCCCCCCCCCCCCCCCCCCCCUCCCCCGCCACAUCUCAUCCAGCCGCUUCCUCACGCACUUGUCAUCCCGCUACUCUAUUGGUGGACUGUCUGCAGAGGUGGGCGGGACCCUGGGAAGGUCCCCCACCUUUGCCUCUCUCCUCCAAUAAGCUGUAGCAUGAGCAGAGGGGGGCGGGGCCUCCUUAUUUAGAAGCUGAUCACAUGAUCACCGGGAGGAUUAUUAUAAUUUUUUUUAUUUUUUUAAUGAUUGGAGUUUGAAGUUGAAUUCACCGUUUUUGUUUUUUGGCCUUCCAAAUGAUCGGAUGAAGCUCGCCAGUCAAUAUUUAGUCUUUUAUUGGUUUUAUUGGUCAGUAUUUUUUGGACAUUUGUGAUGUGCCUUUUCAACCGAGCGCCCGUUCUUACUCUCCAAAAGAGGAAUUGAAUAUUUAUGAUCAGGCGUGAUCUGACAGAUUGGCUUCAAAGGGCUAAUCAAGCAUUUUAGGACCCCCACUUCCCAUAAUGCAUCUCCCGAGCCCCCCCCCCCGUGACAUAAGCCCCACCCCUCGACACUUGUCGCGCACCUCGUCCGUCUCUGUCGUUAUAGUUUUUGUACGAAUGUCCCAGGAGGAAAAAAAAUGGGAGUUUCAUAAUAAAAGCUCACAUUUUGGUUAUUUAACAGCAUUUUUUGGGGGGAAGCGGUUAUUAUUAGGAAUGUUGCCUGUUUGAUAUAUUUGGACUUCUUUUGUCACGUCGUGUUUGAUGUCGUUGGUGUUUGACUUUUUUGUUUCCUAUUUCGAUGUUAAGAAAAGAAAAAUAACACAAAAAUAUUAAAUGUGAUACUUUGUGAAGUUCGGCGUUCUAAUUUACACGGACCGCAUUAUGUGCGUUUACAAAGUAGUUUACUGCCUGGACUGUAUUUUAUUUGCAAUAAACGUUUUCUGCUGACCGUAUAA